AUGAAAAAAGAGUCAAAUGUAAAACUCCUCGUUGGUCUGGGUAAUCCCGGAAUAGAAUACCAAAAGACCCGUCAUAAUUUAGGUUUUCAAGUAAUUGCUCAUUUAGCCAAUAAAUUAAAUCUUCCCUGGCAAAAAGAAAAAUUUAAAGGAUUGUAUACCACUAGCAUCUAUUUAAAACAAAAAAUUAUGCUUUUAAAGCCUUUAACUUAUAUGAAUAAUUCUGGUGAGUGUAUUCGGGAUUUUGUGAACUACUGGCAAAUACCGUUAGCAAAUAUUUUGGUCAUUUACGAUGACUUGUCUCUCCCUUUGGGAACUUUUCGCUACCGGCAACAAGGUUCUAGCGGAGGACACAAUGGGGUAAAAAAUAUUAUUGAAUGUUUAGGAACGCAAAAUUUUAAAAGAUUAAAAAUUGGAAUUGGUCCUAAGCGGGAAACGCUCGGGAAUGAUAAUUAUCAGUUUUUUAGGCAAAAAGGUUCGAUAAAAGAUUGGGUUUGCCAAAAAUUUACCCAAGAAGAAGUGAAAGAAAUUGAAAAAAUCCUUCCUGAUUUAGUUGACAAAUUAUUAGAAUGGUUAGGAAAUAAUACUGAUAAUUCUGGGGCUAAGGAGUUGCUAAUUAUUCGUUGUUUAGGUGGUUCUAAUCGCAAAUUUAGCCACAUAGGAGACCGAGUAAUUGCUACCGUGAAAAAAGUUGACCCUCACGCUUCCAAUAUUAAAAAAGGGCAGAUAGUCACGGCUUUAAUCAUUACUAGCAAAAAAGGAUUUCACCGCACUAAUGGCAACUUUGUUGGUUUUAGUAAAAAUUAUGCUGUCUUGAUAAAAAAAGAAGACCAACAAUUAAUUGGCACGCGAAUUUUAGUGCCAAUUUUGCGUGAUCUAGUAAAAGUAAUUACUGGUAAAUUCCGUGGUCUGGUAGACAAUAUUCAUCAUCUAGAACCAAAAAAAGAACAAGUUUACUUAACCAAAGCAGCGAGGAAAACUUACAAUAAAUCUCCUGACGUCAAAAAAAAAAGUCGAUUAAAAGAUGUUUUGGUUCCUCUCCAUAUUUCUAACGUGAUGGCUUGUAAAGAGGAAUUAUCACCAAAGAAAAGCAGUUUAGGGCAAAAAAAGAAAAAAGUUAAGAGAAACAUUCAAGAAUUACAUAUUUUUCGUGAUGGUGUACAAAACAAUGAGGACCACGAAAUAGUUUAUCAACAUGCUGAGAAUAAAUAUUAUCUUUCUUUGGAGGAUAGUUUGACGGGAAGUUUAGAAUUGUCCACUUUCCCUUAUUUAGAAAAAUUAACUAUCGAAGAGCAAUCACCACGACUGAGAGAUGUUGAUUUAAAUGAUAAUAAUCUUUCGGCUCGAACAGAUAAUGAAGACAGAAUAAAUUGUAAUAUUUAUAAUCGUUGGAAUGGCUCUUUGUCUCAUCUCAAUCAUUUGAGGGAUUUAGAAAAAUUAGACAUUAAUGCUACUGAUAUCAAUGGAGGCUUGCUUUAUUUGCCCACCGAUUACUUAUAUCAUUUUACUUUUGGCAAUUGUGGUCGAACCAAUGCUGGAGUGGAUAGUUUCAAAAUAUUUUUAGAAAGGGACGUUGAAUUAAGAGAGGGAGAAACUAUGGAAGAUUGA